UUGAACUUCAAAUAAUUUGUCAUGAGUCAGGUCACGAUGCAGAACCUAACGCCUUGAGCUGCGACUUCUUACUCGAGUUCUCGCCCUGAUACCGAACAAUGAUUGUAUCAUACGGACAAUCACCGAGAACUACAUGCCCUUGACCGAGUUCAAAUCACACAGACAGAGGCAUGAUUGAGCUAGGUCUCUCCCGGAUCUCACGUCUUGUCCAAUACACAGCGUUUACCUGGAAAGCAAUCCAUGUUGCUGGGACAAAUGGUAAAGGUUCCAUCACAUCUUACGUCUCCGGCCUCUUGACAGCCGCCGGCGUUCGAUGCGGUCGGUUUACGUCGCCUCAUCUGAUCGACCGGUGGGACUGUAUUACUAUCAAUGAUAAAACCGUCCCGGAAUCUUUGUUUCGUCAAGUCGAGGAACAGAUUAAGCAACGCAAUCAAUCGUUGGGUGUGGACGCUUCCGAAUUCGAGCUGCUUACCGCAACGGCCUUUGAAAUAUUCGAUCGUGAACAUGUGGAGAUAGGUGUUGUGGAAGUUGGAAUGGGUGGACGUCUCGACGCUACCAAUAUACUUUCAAAUGUGCUUGUAUCCGUCAUCGCCAAAAUCGGUCGCGACCACGAGGCAUUUCUCGGAAACUCCAUGGAGGCCAUCGCCAAUGAGAAGGCAGGAAUUUUGAAAGACGGCGUGCCUUGUGUCGUUGACGGUACUAACGACGCCGAGGUACUCCAGGUAAUACAGUCUCGCAUCAAGGAACUCGGCAUUGAUGCCACAAUAGCAACGCCGGAUAUAGCAAGUCGACGGUUUCCGAGGCUCGUUUCGCUGUUCAACGAUCUUGAUCUAGAGCCUCACCAACGAACCAAUAUUGCAUGCGCAACUCUAGCACUACAGAAGGCUUUUGAACAAACCCAAUACCAUCUAAAUGUGGAUGACCUCGUUCCGAGGUUAUCCAAAAUCGAAUGGCCUGGUCGCUUACAACUUCUUUCCAUGAGACCUCUGAUCAAUCGCGAAGAGCCUGUGCUUAUUGACGGAGCCCAUAACGGGCAAUCAGCGAAUGUUCUUGCCGGUUACGUGAACCGUAAAUUGCGCCGGCAAGGCGUGCCAGUGACCUGGGUGAUUGCUGUUUCCCAUGGAAAAGAUCUGUCCGAGAUCUUGCAGCCUCUAAUGCAGUCUGGGGACAAUGCUGCAAUUGUCGCUUUUGGGCCGGUUGAUGGUAUGCCUUGGGUCAAAGCUACGGAUACAGAACGGGUUGCCGAGCAUAUUAAGUCAAUAAGCAACAUAGGGAAAGUCGAGGCUUUUGGUACUGAUAUUCUCUCUGCACUAACGUGGGCCUCGCAAUCCGCUAAACAAGGACCGUUUGUGAUUGCCGUAACUGAUGAGAUUACCAAGGGGUAUACUUAG